GUUGCUGUUGCCCACUGAGGGAAAGGAGUGUGGAAGUGGUAGUGAGCUGUAGUGUGCUGUCCUAACUACCUAACCUACUAGAUUAGCUUUUUUUUAAAGCUGAUAAUUGAUAAUAAUGCAUAUAAAAAACACUUAAAACUAAUUUGUCACUAAGCGCCAUGGCAACGAUGUAAAAAAAUGACGAGGAGCCAAUAGAGGUGCAUCAAAAGAGAUGUAUGUGAAAAGGAUCAUGUGGUCUAAAUGCGUGAAACCUGAGCUUCCCUGGCACAGUAAGGCUGCCAGCAGUGUGAGAAGGUCUUUUGGGAAGAUGUCACCAGUCAAGACUGCCGUGCACACUGAACAGGAGCCUCACAUCAGAGCCACCCAGAAUGAGGGAAAACUCAGCCAGUCACAUGCCAAACUCCAUGAGACACCUGUAUGGGCCCAGAGAGCCAAGGAGCAAAUUAAAAGUGCAUUGAAGCCCAUGGAAUCCCCAGCCAAUAAGGAGCCAACCUUAACAACUGCACCACAAACACCUGAGUGUAGCAACAAGGCAGGAUGGUUUAAUGUACUUGAGAACCAGCCCAGGACAAAGUCAGCCCGGCAGAGUUUGAGGUUCCAUCAGAUGACACCAGAUGACGUCAGUCUAUUUUAUUUUCUUGAGAAUCAACACGCUCAGCAAGUUGAAACAAUUGAAGAUAUUGUGACCUGCUUAAUAGGCGAAAUCUAUUAUGAUGAGACAGGUACCCAACUAGACACCCCCAUUCCUGGCCUGAGUGAAACAGCUUUGGACCUCAUUGAUAAUGUGGUUGAUGAGUUAAAUAACACCCCAAGUGACCUGUCUGGUUUACAUACCGACGAGUCUCUGGUCCUCCCAUCUAGUUAUAAACAUCAGGUAGCCAAGAGUGUUCACAAAGAAUUGCUUUCCUGCACUGGUUCCCAAGAAAGCUUGUGGAAGGCUGUAUCAUCGGGACACAUGGUGAAAGAGAUUGCCAGCUCAAUCUCUCUGGAGGUGUCCAAAGUAACCAGCAGGAUUGGGGCUAUCUAUCACACUAGUGUCGAUCACACUGAUAAUCCAAUCUCACCCGGCCCCAGAACAGACACAAAUGCUUCCCGGGUGUCCUGUGCAGCCUCAGACAUCUCUGAAGAUCUUGUCCUCAGAAUCCUAGACUUCAUAUCAUACUGUCGGUCACCAGACAGCACCUGGAAUGGGCCACCGAGCCGAUGCUCCACUGACAUGACCGAAGAUCUCAUGGAUGCAGUCAUGGUGGAGCUCUUCACUAACACAGCCAUGCUGACGAUUCCAGUAGGUGAGCACCAGAAACAAUGGUGCAAACCCUCCCCUACAGAUCUGGAGAAAGCUGCCAGAUUAGUGUAUAAGAAGAUGGUAAAGGAAACUGGCUCAGCUGAGGCUUUGCAAGACGCUCUCAAGCUCAGAAGGAAGUGUGUAGUCACAGCACUGGCUGACGUAGUGGCAAAGCAAGUGUACAAGCUCUUCUCAGAAGAGGAGUCAGACUCCACAUAUCUUCCAGACCAAACCAGCCACAAAGAUGACUGCCCUGUUACAAGCCACAGUAACAAACAACUCACACCUGAGUUUGCUGCUGCUCAAUCUGCCAGUGAGUGCAUAGUGAACUGCAAGGCUGUGUGGGAGAUCAUCUCCAGACUGCUGCAGGAAAUUUGUCCUAACGUGCCCAUGGAAGAAAAGCCCCAACUUUAUGCUCAGGAUCUUUUUCAUAGUGCUAUAAAUAAGCUGUCUGAGUCUCCAGGGGUAGCAGUAUGUGCUGAUGAGACUAUCUGUGACGUCUGCCGCCAUCCACAGGCCAUUGAGUUAAUCUGCGGCCGUGUUCUGGAGUGCCUGCAAUUUCAGAUGAACCUCAUGGGCUACAAUUUAAGAUCUGCCCUGGAUGCCCAAGAUGAGGCUCUCAGCUACUUUAUUGUUGCUCAUCUUGUGCAAGAGACCCUGCUGUUGAUCUCAAAUCAGACCAAUGGCAGCUCCCCUGAAGUAGACUCAGGUUCCCACCAUCAACCUGAGAGUCAAACACAACCAUGUGUAGUGAGCAGCAGAGUAAAUGAUGAAGAUUGGCCCACUUGUCAGUCAAACAUCACUGUACCAAAGGGCCAUUCCACCAUUUCUGCAUCCAAGGGCUUGUCCCAUAGGGCUUGCUUUUCCACUGUGUUUGCAACCAAGGGCCUACCACAGAUGCCAGGUCAAAAAUACACUGGCAGAAGAAGGCACACAGUCCUGAGUGUGAAAAUAAAAAAGCACUCUCACAGAGGAAUUCAUAUCACACCGUCAGAAAGGAUAAUUCGGUUGAAGGAAAUGCAGAGGGAGUCAUCUUCUGAGGUCUCAUCAGUUUCAGUGGAGAUGUUUUCUGAAAGCCAUGGACACAGAAGAGGGUGUUUUGGAUGGCUCCUCUCUAAGCUUAUGUGCACUGAAGACAUCCACUGGUUUGAGUAAUGUUUGUGUAACCAAACAUUCAAACCUAAGGUGGAGGAAUGUAAAUAAAUUAAAGCAAGCCUACUUUGACCUUCUAUUGUGAUUCAGUAACAGGUGAUUCACCGUGGUUUCAGUAAGUCAUAUAAUUUCCGUUAUGUAUAGUCAUUUCGUUUGCCGACCUUCCAUAGCUAGCUAAGUAUAUGACACAAACAUUAUUUGCUGGUUUGAAUGACGUCUGAACAACAGCAUAGCAUAUUAUGAACACGGUGCCAGAAACAUUCCAUUUAAAAACAUACAGUGCCUUCAGAAAGUAUUCACACAUUUCAUUAUAUUGAAACGACCCUGGGUUUAUAUGCAUGAGCAUGCUUUUGCGGCACAGUCGAUAGCGCGCCGGACCUCAGACUCGAAGGUCGAGGGUUCGAGACCUGCUCCUGCUGUUACAUUACAAUAUGUAUAGUCAUUUCGGUAUGCCGACCUUCCAUAGCUAGCUAAGUAUAUGAAGCAAAGAUUAUUUGUUGGUUUGAAUGAUGCCUGAACAACAGUAUAGCCUAUUAUGAACACAGCGCCAGAAACAUUCCAUAAAAAAUAUACAGUGCCUUCAGAAAGUAUUCUCACUAGGACAAUAACCUAAAAUGCACAAUCAAAUCUACACCGGAGUUGCUUGCCAAGAAGACACUGAAUGUUCAUGAGUGGCAUAGUUACAGUUUAUACUUAAAUCUGCUUGAAGAUCUAUGGCAAAACCUUGAAAUGGUUAUCCAGCAAUGAUCAACAACCAAUUUGACAGAGCUUGGAGGAAAAAAAUGAAAAAAUGACGAAGAAAUGUUGCACAAUCCAGGUGUGGAAAGCUUGUAAGAGACUUACCCAGAAAGACUCACAGCUGUAAUCGCUGCCAAGGGUGCUUCUACAAAUAUGCAAAUUAGAUAUUUCUGUACUUAAUGUUCAUAAUAUUUGCAAAAAAAUGUUUAAACAUGUUUUCACUUUGUCAUUAUGGGGUAUUGUGUGUAGAAAACAAACUAGAAUUCAGGUUGUAACACAACAAAAUGUGAAAUAAGUCCAGGGGUAUGAAUACUUUUGGAAGGCACUGUAUAUUUUGAAAUGCUAUAAAACGAAGAACAAUUAGUGUGACAGCA